CUUCCUAUGCCUAUUACACACAACCGGAGCACGGUUCGUGUAAAAAAAACCCUCGACUAUUUCGCUUCGUCCCCGUCCAAGGCAGCGAGGCGCAGACAGUUGUGAUGAGAAAAUUUGUAAGAUGGCUGCAAAAUACAAAUUGUUUCGCUUCGAGUAAAAUUUUCAACCUUUCGGGAGUGGAAUGAACGGGAUUUGAACACGAUUUGCACGCCAUCGGGCAGUGCAAAUGGUAAACUAUUGGUAAUUUGGAGUUUGAAACCCGUAAGAAAUCAGUUCAGAGUGAUAUCAUUGAUACGCCAAAGUGACGCCCAAUAUUUUGCCUUCCGUCGUCGCACUGAUAAAAUCGCUCAAAGUUCAUGGACGAUUUGCUGGCGAAAAACAAGACAGACGACGGCCGACCACUGUUUAGAAAGGCAACCGUAGUUUUUGGGAAGUCAUUCGGUUCCGGAAGAUUAUGUCCAAUCUGUAUGCGAAAAUUUCCCAGCGCCCAAUGAAGAGGAAUGAAGAGCAGAUUUUUUCAGUGUUCCCAUAUCACAAUAUUGAGAUGUUCAACGUGCUGGCCCCGUUUCAUCAAAACAGUGUCGCCGCUGCCGCUACAGCCGCUACCGCAACCGGUGGCAGUGCCGCCACGCCAGGCGGUCUGAACGGACCGAGCAGCCGAGGAGUGGAGAACAUGCAAGUGACUCAGCCCUGCAGUGCGCCAUCGUCGCCGACCAUCACUUCACCCGGUGCCCUCAGUUCGACCUCGUUCUGUUUGCCAACUGGAAGCAGCAGCAGCACCGCCAGUACCAGUGGAGGUAGUUGUGUCAUUACGGGUACCACCGCAACGGAUACCGGUGAUCCAAACUGGCAGGCCACCAAAAGUACGGUUCGGGAGCGGAAUGCGGCCAUGUUCAACAACGAUCUAAUGGCGGAUAUUCGCUUUAUUGUCGGAACCGAUGAACAAGUGCAAACCAUACCGGCCCACAAAUACGUGCUGGCAACCGGAAGCUCCGUGUUCUAUGCUAUGUUUUACGGUGGAUUAGCCGAGAACAAACAAGAAAUCAAAGUUCCUGACGUUGAGCCGACUGCUUUCCUGACUCUGCUAAAAUACUUGUACUGUGAUGAGAUCCAUCUGGAGGCGGACAACGUGCUGGCCACGCUCUACGUCGCCAAGAAGUACAUCGUACCACAUCUGGCCCGUGCCUGUGUUAACUAUCUGGAAACCAGUCUAACGGCGAAAAAUGCCUGCCUUCUGCUCAGUCAGUCGCGGCUUUUUGAGGAACCGGAACUGAUGCAACGCUGCUGGGAAGUCAUCGACGCUCAGGCGGAAAUGGCCAUCAAGUCGGAGGGUUUCGUCGAUAUCGACCUGAAAACAUUCGAAACCAUCCUGGCCCGGGAGACAUUGAACUGCAAGGAGAUUCACCUGUUCGAGGCAGCGCUGAGCUGGGCCCAGGCUGCUUGUAGCAAAAUCGACAUCGAACCGACCUCGAACAACAAACGGCAGGUGCUCGGACAGGCCCUGUAUCUGAUCCGCAUUCCGACCAUGUCGCUGGAAGAGUUUGCCAACCGUGUCGCCCAGUUGGGUAUCCUGACCAACCAGGAGACGAUUGAUAUCUUUCUGAAUUUUACGGCGAAGAACAAACCCAAGCUAACGUUUCCGGUGAAAACUCGGGCCGGACUGAAGACGCAAGUCUGUCACCGGUUUGCCUCGUGUGCCUACCGGAGCAAUCAGUGGCGCUACCGGGGCCGCUGUGAUUCGAUUCAGUUCUCGGUGGAUAAACGGAUCUUCAUUGUGGGAUUUGGUUUGUACGGAUCUUCAACCGGUGCGGCAGAUUACGAUGUGAAGAUUGAACUGAAGCGGCUGGGUCGCGUACUGGCAGAGAAUAGUACCAAGUUUUUCUCGGAUGGUUCCAGUAAUACGUUCCAUGUGUUCUUUGAGACACCGAUUCAGAUCGAACCGGAGUGUUUCUAUACGGCGUCGGUCGUCCUGGACGGAACCGAGCUAAGUUUCUUCGGACAGGAAGGCAUGAGUGAGGUAUGCGUCGGCACGGUGACCUUCCAGUUCCAGUGUUCAUCGGAAAGCACCAACGGCACUGGGGUACAGGGUGGUCAAAUUCCGGAACUGAUCUUCUACGGCCCGAUGGGUGUCAGUAGCCAUAGCUUGCCGGCCAGUAACAGCGCCAAUUCGAUCAACAAUAACAACAGCAAACCGAACUCGUCGGCAACCAGUGGUUCCAACUCAUGCACGACACUUCACAACGGCAACGGGGGCAGCUACUCCAACGGGAACGCAGAUACCGGGCCAAACCAGCUGUCAAACAACCCGCUCGGAGCCAUCAAUCUGUUGAACAAUGAAAUUGAAUGAGUCGGGUUGCUACGACCCAAGUUUCGGCGAUCUAUUGAUUGAAAGAUUGAAGCUGUUUUGUUUUUGGCAGAACGAUUACUCAUUAGAACAUGAAUUUAGAACAGAAGAGAAAAAAACAAGUAAGCAGUCUAUUUAGUACUGGCUGUGAAAGCCUAUUAGUAACAGUAGAAAUAGUAGUAUAAAGUUUGUAGAAUUAAAAAAACCCAGUCAAUCAACAUCUGUUCCGACGAGUUUACGUUACGGUAGACAGUUUUGUAUCGUUUAGUGAAAAAAAUGAUUCGGCUAUUCCUUAUUGCCUUACACCUAGUGGACCUUUUCGGGUCAUCCAUAAUCCACGAGAGGACGUCAGACGUCAAGGCUUACUGAUCGUGCUUAGCCAUCAAAGUACAAACAAGUUGAAGAUUAAAAACUCUGAAAAACGUGAGGGCAGUAGUUAAGAAGUUCCCCCGUCAAAUAUAUGUUUUCCUGCAACAUUUUUACAAUAGAUGAACGUAACGAGAAGGCUUGGAGUGAUCUUUGAAACUGUUUGAAUUUCAAUUGAAUUUCGGCUCUCGCUUAUUGUCAGAUGAAGUUAUGUAUUUGUCAAAACUCAAUGAUUAGACUGGAAAUUUGAACCUGCAGUUGGAACGGCAAGGUUUUCGUAUUACGAACGACAAAAUUUAAAAACAGAAACUUCAGUUACUGAAUAACGGAUGGAGUAGUUUUCCUUAUAAGAAGUCAAAUUUGCGACUCCUUGUACUGUCCAACUGAAUGACCGAAUGAUGCUUCAGUAUAGCAAACGUUAGUUUAAAAAAAAAGUUAAAAGAAUCAUGUUUGACUUCACUGAUUAUAAUUUUGAUGUAGGACUAUGUCUUUGUUUUCUUAGAGGAGUUCGAAUUCGAAAUACGGAAACAAAAACCGUACAAACAGUGGUUAGGUUUUGAACAUUUGCAACUGAAACAAUUUGAAACAGUUUUUCGAUAUAAAUACACCUACUACUUGGAAAUAUGUCUACGCAUCGAUUCGAGUAAAUAAAACUAUAUUUCUGGAGAUGGUUGGUGGUCGAAACUUCAAUUAAUAGCACUAUAAGUGUCUAAGUGUUUUCCUUUUUUUUUUCAAGCCAGUCUCAUAGUUUUCUUGACGUUCUAUCGCGUCUCCAGGAAAAAAAAAGAAAAUUCGCAGAACGCAUAAAAAACGCAUAUCUUUGAAAUUCGCAUUAAAAACGCAUAUAAAAGACUUCUCUAACAGAGACGACAGUUCCGUAUACACUCAAGUAUUUUUUUUAUGCGAAAGACCUCCCGCAUAGAAAAACCAUUAACCAAUAACCAACUUUGAAAAUCCGCUUGAAAAAACUACAAAUGUACGAAAAAAAUAAGUUUAAAAUUCGUAAAACGUCGACAUCUGGUGUUAUCUCGAAAAAAAUUUUUUUUUGAAAUUGACUUUUGAGAUUUCCGAAAUCAAAGGAAUAUUCUUGACACUAUCGCCCUUAUUCUGAAUAACGGCGUAUUGGUUUUUCGAUCGAAUAUGGUUCGGUCGAAUCCUAGAUACCUUUGAUUUUGCUAGCGUUAUUGGAAAUACGAAUGAAAUACGGUCGAAAAAACGAUACGUCGUUAUUCAGAAUAAGGGUGUAUAUGUUUUAGAAAUGCAUGAAACAUCAGGGUCUGAUGUAACCUCAAAAACAAUUUUUAUUUGAAAAAAUUACAAGGAUCGGCCCCAUGGGGUUGUUCGAGCCAUUGAUGUUGAACAAGGCAACCAAAAUUUCUAAUGAUCGAUAAUGGUUUCGUGUCUCUUUCUAUGCGUUUUUUUAUACGGUUUUAAGUAACUUUAAGUAAGUGUUUCGGAAAUCACAAAACCAAUAUUUUUUAAAUUUUUUUCCACAGAAUAAUUCGAUGAAAUUUUAAGACAUCUAACAAUAAAGAGAGAUAACACCAGAUCUCGACAUUUCAUGCAUUUCCAAAACAUUUGGCACCCCUUAUUUUCUCCGUCUUAUACCAUCUUUUUUAUCACUAACAAGAUCUACAUGCCGGUUCUAAACCCGUCGUUCGCCCACGCUCACUUACUGACCCCCAACUUACCUCUAUCUUCCAUCUUCCUAUCAACUUCUAUUUCUUUUGUAAUCUGUUGAUACAAAAGAUGAAGAGGUUUUAUGUCCGCCGGAGAGAGAGAUUGCUAUAUUUCAUCUCCAUCGAGCUUUUCCUUCUCCCCAAAUAAAUAAAUAAAUAAAGUUAGGCGGCACGUAUUCUCCACAUAAAAAGACACGAGUGUGCAUAAAGUCACAGUUUCCAUAGGACUCCCCUUUUCAAAACCAAAACCGUAGAGAAGAUUGCUUGGCUAUGCACAAAAGCAAGUUAACCUUUUGUUGACAUGUUUUGUGCGCCGUUCGUCUCGCACUAGAGAUAUUUCCAUCAAAAUUCUACUGUUUGUUUGUAUGCAAGACAAAACGCAGGAUGACCUCGGAUGAUUGAGAGCAGCCCUUUCAUCAUUACCAGCAAACACCCUUUUCAGCGCAUCAAAAAUUCUUUUUUCGAAAAACUAUUUCCAAUAGAUAUAAAUAAUUUUACAGAAAAUACAAGAAAAACUGCUGUCAAAAUAUUAAAAUCAAAUUUUCACCAUGGUGGUGUAGUCCUACGUCAACAGUUCGAACAAACCUAUUUAGCUCUGCCCCUUUUAGUUGUUGAUUGAAUUUUGACUCCCUACUAAUACUCAGAUGAAGCUACGUAUUAGCCAAAAUCAGAUAUCCAUGAAAAAGUCUAAUGAUUAGGUUGGAAAUUCGAAUCUGCGGUUGGAACGCCUAGCUCUUCAUAUUACGAACGAAAACAGUGAAAAGUGGGGAAAAUUGAUGAAGAAAAAAUGCGACGUUUUUCUUUUAGCUUUUUGAUACAAUUGACCAAAAAGUAUCUUAAGUAAACUGCUUCAAAAAAAUGAUUCUACGCAAUUAAAAAGACUGCAUGAAACACGAACUUUGAUUUUUCCAAAAUUGAUCUAGACUGUAUUUGAAAGGGCUGAACAUUUUUCACCAAUUUUCUUUUGCAAAUGAGUAAAAUGUCGUCGAGAACCGGAUAUAUUUCAAAUCAAACUUAUUACAUCUUGAUUGACGGACUUAGAAAGACCGAAUCGUUGGAUUUUGGAUGACCUAUCAUUGUGUUAUUUCUUUUGUUAUCUUUGAUUCGAAUGUUCGUUCGAGAGAGUUGAAGCGAAAGGCACGAGACUUAAUCCGGUCGGAGUUUCCGCGAGUUUCCGUACUAGAGUACUUGAAGUAUCCAUUAUAUACGUAUUGUUGAAGCAAAGUACUAGUCACGUAACAAAAAUAAACAUUGAACGUGCGUUUGUUGAGUUUGAGAUUUUAAGUUUUCGUUUCAACGUCUAUCAAUGCAAGUCCAAAUUACGUAGCGAAGAUAAUGUAAACAAAAAAACGAAUUAGUAACAUGCGACUCAUCGCAAAGAAACAAAACAUAAAACAAAAUGGUAACUUAAUUUCAAAAUACAAGCAAAUAAAAUGUAACGGUAUGAAUAAAACAGAGACAAAAAAAAAUAAUCCUACAAAAAAUAAUCAAAUCAUAAGCGACGGUUUCCUCCUAGUAUGUAAGGCACAACAAAAUGAAAGUGAUCAGAAGUCCUCACUGGGCCCAAGACAAGCAUCCUUUGAGGGGGUUGGAGAUGACUAAAUAAAGCAUCUCCAAGCAAGGCUGGAAUGGACAAAACUUAGACUUUAGGAUGAAAUUAAACACGUAGUGAACACAACAUUUAACGUGAUUAGAUUCAGAGAUUUAAAUAUAUUAGAAAGACUACAACCUAAACGAUAGCACUGAUAGAUGAAAACAUAGUACGUAGCAGUAGUUACACUUAUUGGAAUAAACAAAACUGAUUAUUACUGAAUUCCAACAAGUUGUUCGAGUCUAGAUUUUCAGUUAGCCAUCAACAACAAUUUAGAUCCCGGGUAGGGUCAUACAGAAAGUGAGAUAUUAGAAUCGUUGUGGAAGAUUUGUCUUCGGACCAGUUCUGAAGUUAACAGAAUCGUGUUGUACUUGGCCUAAAGUCUUUGGAAACCGCCGAAUGACAAGUUUCCGCAUCGGAAUGCAGACUCCCUUACUUGUUCUUUAGAGAUCCUUGAACAAUCGAACAAAUCAAACAAAAAAAGCACGGAUUCAACUUCACAUGAUGAUAGUAUGGAAUGAAUCUUCUUAAAACUUAUUGCAUUAGAUUAUAUACGUUCCUUCAGAAAAAGUUGAUGAUUGAACACUGAAUAAAACAUUAGAUGCA